CCGGAUAACCCUCAGAAUUGGUCGAAUUUACGGCGGGCCAUGGUGACUGUUAUUAUAUGUCUCUAUACAUUCGUUGUAUACACGUCCAGCGCCAUAUACACCAACUCAUCCGAGGGUGUUAUGGAAGAAUUCGGCGUUAAUGCAACAGACGCCUCUCUAGGGUUGGCUCUAUUCGUGCUGGGAUACGGAUUAGGCCCCUUAUUAUUCUCACCUCUGAGCGAGUUACCCAGCAUCGGUCGAAACCCAGUUUACAUUAUAACGAUGUUUCUGUUUGUCAUCAUAUCCAUUCCAACCGCGCUAGUAACCAACUACCCAGGAUUGAUGGUUCUCCGAUUUCUCCAAGGCUUCUUCGGCUCACCAUGUCUAGCAAACGGCGCCGCCACGCUCGGCGAUAUGUACAGCGUGAUGUCCCUACCCUAUGCGCUAAUCGCAUGGGUUAGUGCCGCGUAUUGUGGUCCAGCCCUUGGCCCACUACUAUCUGGGUAUUCUGUCCCCAUUAUGGGCUGGCGAUGGUCACUCCUCGAAAUUAUCUGGGCUGCGAGCCCGGUCUUCCUGGCUAUGUUUGCCUUCUUACCCGAAACUUCGACCCCGAACCUACUCCUCCGCCGGGCCCAACGCCUACGCAAACUCACGGGUAACGAGCGCUUCAUGUCGCAGUCAGAAAUGGACCAGCGUAACCUAGAUAAGCGGGCGGUAAUCGUCGAUGCGCUCAUUAAACCCCUCGAGAUUACCCUCAAAGAUCCGGCCAUAUUGUUCGUGCAGGUCUACACCGCGAUCAUCUACGGGAUCUACUACUCCUUCUUCGAGGUCUUUCCCCUCGUAUAUCCCGUCUACUACGGCAUGGACUAUGGCCAAGUCGGCCUCGUCUUCUUAUGUGUCUUCGUCGCGUGCCUUCUCGGUAUUGCCGUCUACAUCUCAUACUUAUACUUCUACCUAAACCCGCGUAUCGCGCGCCAAGGCUUCCCAAUUCACGAGAGUAGACUCGUCCCGGCACUAGGCGCCGCCUUCGGCCCCACAAUCGGACUCUUCAUCUUCGCUUGGACGGCACGCCCCGACAUCCCGUGGAUUGCACCGACUAUUGGGAUCACGAUAUACGGUGCUUCUGUGUUCGUCGUCAUGCAAUGCAUCUUCGUCUACGUGCCCCUGAGCUACCCCCAGUACGCCGCUAGUCUGUUCGCCGGCAACGACUUCUUCCGCUCUGCCCUCGCAUUCGCGAGUAUAUUGUUCGCACGUCCGCUAUUUGAGAACUUAGGCGUCGCGAGGGGUACUAGUCUGCUUGGAGGGCUGAGCACGAUUGGGAUUGUGGGGAUUUGGGCACUGUACUUUUACGGUGGGAGGUUGAGGAGCUUGAGUAAGUUUGCGGUCUCGGUGGAGGAGUAGGGAAUGACGUAUGGUCAUGAUUUAUUGGAUCGUGGUUUUAGAGGAGAGCAAUGUAGGGGCGUUAUAGGUGUUGAGCAGAAUCGAUUUGCCAUGAUAUUUGUCUGGUUUAGAGAAGCAUAUUACAUGAUUAUAGUUUACACGAUACAUACCUAAUGAC